AAGCCCUACGCUAAAAGAAUGACAAGACUGUCGCUAUCCGAUGACGUCAUUUGUUUUAUCUUCGGACAUGGCGGCAGAAGGUUCUGAGGAUCUUAGUGGCAAUGGAGAAAUGGAUAACCAAGAAGGAGAGCUUGGAGACUCCGAAGCCUUCGUGGCACCCAAUCCUGAGAACCAGGCUUCUGAAGAAGCCGACGGUACGAUGAUGGAAGCAGUGGAGGCUACGGCACCGUACACCAUGCCCGUAGUGGAGGGCGACGAGGAGGAUGAGGGAGAGCUCCCGGUGGACUUCGACAGGCUGUGGAAAGUAGCCCACGACAAUCCCCAGGAUUUCACUAGUUGGACAGACCUGCUACAAUACUGUGAACAAGAGGGUCACAUGACGGCUUCCCGUAGGGCUUUGAAUGCCUUCCUGUUGCGGUACCCACUGUGUUAUGGCUACUGGAAGAAGUUUGCAGACAUGGAGAGACGAGCAGGGAAUAAUGUCAAGGCAGAGGAGGUGUGUGUGCAGGGCUUAAAGGCCAUCCCUUUGAGUGUCGACCUUUGGAUCCAUUAUAUCAACUUGUUACUGGGGACUCUGAACAUGAACUUGCCUGAGUCCACACAGCGCAUUCGCAGCGUGUUGGAAGAGGCGCUGGAGGCCGCGGGGAUGGACUGGCACUCGGACCGGCUCUGGGACCUGUUCGCUGAGUGGGAGAAGGAGCAGGGCAACCUGAAAGCCAUGACUGUGGUCUACGACCGGGCGCUCAAAGUGCCCACACAGCUCUACCGUGGACACUAUGACAAGAUGAAGACUCACAUAAACUCCAAUCCACCUCUGGAUAUUCUGUCUGAAGAGGAAUAUCAGACUCUGCGGGCAGAAUACAAACAGAGCCAAGCUCAGGGAGAAGGGUCCAACCCCACCGAGGAGGAAGAGGAGAGACCCCCAGGAGAGGAGGAACCCGCAGACAACGACGAUGGCAAAGAUUCGGAAGAAGCCGUGCAAAAGAUGCAGGAGCUCUUAUUGGCCGGCAGAGAGAAGAUCUUCCAGGAGAAUGAAGCAGAGGUCAGGAAGAGAUGGACAUUUGAAGAUGCUAUCAAAAGACCAUACUUUCAUGUUAAACCACUGGACAAGGCUCAGCUGAAGGGCUGGCAGAGCUACCUGGACUGGGAGAUGGCCGAGGCCAAAGGGGAGCACGAGGGCACCGAGGGGGCAGAGGUGACCGAGGGGACAGAGGGGACCGAGGAGGCAGCAGCAGAGGUGGAGCAAGAGGCCCCAGAGGCCCCAAAGGCUGAGGGAGGCAUCUCUGGACACAAGAGGGUGCUGAUUCUGUUUGAGCGCUGUCUCAUCGCCUGUGCCCUCUACGAGGAGUUCUGGACCAAGUAUGCUCACUACAUGGAGCAGUCUAGCGUGGAGGAGGCACGCACUGUGUUUCGGAGAACCUGUGAGAUCCACUUGCCCUACAAGCACUCCGUCCACCUGCAUUGGGCAACCUUUGAAGAGCGGCACGGAAACUUCACUGUAGCCCAGAAUAUUCUAGAAACUUUGGAGCAAACCAUGCCGGGGCUGGCCGUGGUGCGCCUGCGCAGGGCGGGGCUGGAGAGGCGAUUGGGCCAUGUGGAUCGGGCGGAGACGAUGCUGACGGAGGCCGUAGAGCAGAGCAAAGAGAAUCCUCCGCUGCACGCCUUCUACUCCAUCAAGCUGGCCCGUCUGCUCCUCAAGCUGGGCAAGAAUGCGUCCAGGGCCCGCACUGUGUUACAGGAAGCCAUAGAGCUCAACCCAGACAACGGUAAGCUGCACCUGAACCUGCUUGAGCUGGAGGUGUCGGGAGACCCGCGCACGAACGGAACGGGGGUGCAGCAGUGCGUCACCCGAGCUCUGGCCGCCCCCCUCUCGCCCCGCACCAAAAUCCUCUUCUCCCAGCGGGGCCUGCAGUUUGCCGAAGACUUCGGAGCCACCGUUCAAAGCGUCCUGACCAUGUACGACGAGCACCAGAAGCUGCUGAAGGAAAUAGGCCCGAAAAAAAGGGGAGCGGAAAAUGGAGAUAGCGAUGACCCAGAGAAGGUUAGCCGCACGGAUGACGGCUCAGCCACGGCCGCGGCCCAGACUGCCCCCCCCACCGUACCGCCUGCCCCCAUGACGGCGCCCCCUCCUCCCAUGAUGGGGGACAUGAGUGGGUCAUAUGGAAGCUACAGCAGCUGGUAUCAGCAACCGCAGUAUGGAGGAUAUGGAGGAUACCAGAACCCAUGGAAUCAGUACAAUCAGUAUUACCCUCCCAGCUAGGCCAAAAGGCCUGCAUGACUCACUGGAGGCCACAGGAAUAUUGGGGUACUGUUUGAUGACGUAGAGAUAUGCACAUUCACUGUCGCGGUUGUCUCUGGAAGGGAUUAGAGCUGUCCUGUAAAGCAUCGCCUGACAACAGGAAUACGGAUAAGGAUCAGAAUCAUUCAAGGGUUUGAAAUGAAGCUUUGCGAAGCUAUAAAUAUCAUGAUUUUAUGAUGUUUAACAGAGGCCAUUUCAUAUCAGCUUCAACUUUUCAAGAUGGGAAAGGGUUAUUUUUAACAAUGCAGGCAUGUUUUAUGUUCCCAAUUUUUAAGAUUUUAAGAUUCCUUUGAGAUUUCAAGGUUCUUAAGUGUUAAAUAUGUUAGUAAUUAUAAUAAAAAUAUGGUCUUGUUUUAAAAAUGAGUAUGAUGAUGUAACAUCCCCAAAAAAUCGGUCGUAAUGUAUCAAUUCAAUAAGGUUCAGAGGGCUUUAACGUCAGCGAGGUACAACUGCUACAUUGCUGUGGAAAUCUUGCAUCAUUCCAGCAGAAAACCAGGCGUUUUUGUAUGUACAGAUGUUUUUUUAGAAUCUGAAUGGUAAAUAAGUUUAGCCCUGACUGCUAUCCCCUGUGCUUUCUUUAGCCAUAUGACAAUGGGUUGUCAUUUUGUCUCACUCAUCUAAACACCUUUUAUCCCCAUACUGUAACAUCCAUCUGUACAGUAUCUGUAAAAAAAAUUGGAUUGAAAUGUAAGAUUAAUUUUACUUUUGUAAGUCAAGAUGCCUAAGAAGGUAACAGGUAAUUUUAUUUGAUUUGUUUUUGGGUGUUGAGGAGGGAAAUAACCAAGUUACUGUGGUGCUGCAUCACGAGUCAUUCUUAGCAUAUAGAUCUGGCCCGUAUAGAUCUGGCCCGUAUAGAUCUGGCCCGUAUAGAUCUGGCGCGUAUAGAUCUGGCCCUGGCUGUAUUGACUGAUGAUCAGUAACCUUGAGACAGAUGCUGCCUCUCCAUCACCUCUUAUCCAGUGCUCCAGUUCCAUUCCAAUCUCUUCUGUUGUAUGAGUUACUUUGUGCAAGCAGGAAAACUACAUGUUUCUAGACUUCUAGACAUUUUAUUUUUACAAACAGUAACCCAUAAGUGAACUGCUGGCUCUUUUUUUAUUUUAUUGUAAUGUCUUUCAUGCAAAUGUGUUUUUUUACACAGUGCUUAAUAAAAGUGUCAGUAUACCCCAA